AUGAAACUAGAAAUAUUGGCGUUGCUUGUGUUAUGCAGCUGCUUUUUGCUCUUAACACAGAAAACACUUGGACAAGAAGUGGAUUUGACAGCCGGCGAUUAUGGAGAAAACAUAACCCCAAUUAAUGCUGGCGAGGAGGAUACUAGUGAUAUACAAGAAAAUCAAGCAACAUACACAACACUCAGCGAAGAGGACAAGUUGGGUCCCACUGAAAGUAGCGGCGAUAACAUCACUAGCUUCGAAAUACUGGCAGUGCCAAAAGAAGUCAUCGAGCCUAAAGUUCAAUUAUUAGUGGGGACAUCAACAGAAAUUGAGUACCUUGUAACUAAAAACCAGGAAGAUACAGCUACAGCUACCUUGGAUAGAGAAAUUUCGAAAUCAGAAUAUUUUCCCAACAAAGUUGAGGAGGACAUAGCAACUAAGAAAAAUAUUGCGUCACUAAAUGUAAAAUGUAAAUCGCAGCAAAAUUCAGUUCAGCUUCAGAGCACAGACGAUGCUGGAAUUCCGCUGGUCAAAAACUUAAUGGCUGAAGAGGUACUCAAACUCGUUAAAUCGCUUGAGAUGGAAGAUACAACUAUAAUUGCAGUAGAAGUGACUGAAGCCAUAAAAGAGGAGGAUGCCUCCACUACUGAAGAGCUUACGACAAUGGAAACUCCAGUUUCUAUCUCAAAUGAAAUUGCUAGUACGAGAUUGGCUGAGACAAACAGUGAGCGCACCGUAACAGACGAACGGUGGAAAGAAAUUAUUCCCGAAACCGAAACAAGCGCAACAACAACUUUAUGUCAUACACCUGGAACUUUUGCGGACGAAAAUGACUGCCGUUCAUAUUUUAUUUGCUCAGCAACUGUGACAAAUCAACUUCAAAAGACGCAAAAAAUGUGUCCUUUUGGACAAGCUUUCGAUAAGACGCGUUUGCUUUGCUCCCGUGACCUUUCGCCAUGCGCUGAUGUUUUCGAUUGCCCAAAUGACGGUACAUUUGCCGAUCCAACUAAUAACUCAACCUAUUAUUGGUGCGUUACAUCUCUUUUGAAUGCUGGUUAUCACAUCUUUCAUGUGAAAUGCGGCAAUAACCAGAUCUAUACACACGAGUUGGGUAAAUGUUUCAUUAAUAUGUCACAUUUAGAGGAUUUGACACAGAACUAUGAAUUGUAUAUGAGUAAAUCACCAGAUGAGCAGUGCGUACAUGAAGAGGUAAGCAUUUUGAGAACCGAGGAAAAAGUGAAACUCAAAGAGUUGAAGCUGCGUGAGAAAAUACAGCGAAAAUAUGAAAAGGAGUUGAUGAAGAAAACCGCAAAAGACGCAAAGGAGCUGGCUAAAUUGCAAGGCAUAUCACUAGAAGCCGAAAUGAUUUUUAAUUGCACUCAGGCAGGAAAGUUUGCUGCAAUGUCCGAAAGCUUUUUUGACUAUUUCGUAUGUUUGAGCAAGAAAGGAAAAUAUAAAGCUGUUGGCAUGAAAUGCGUCGACGGCCAAAUUUUUUCAGCCGCUAAAGGUUCGUGCACGCUGCAGAGUAGCGACUAA